AUGGUGGAUGAGAACGGCCUCGACGCGAUAUACUGGAGGGAGUUCGAAAAGGACGGCGAAGGCGGCGGCAGAGGGAGGAAGCCUACGGGGAGCAGGCGCCCCCCGCAGCCGCCUCCGCCCCGGCAGCAACAGCAGCAGGAGCAGCAGCACUGGCGCGCGGAGAUGUGGCCGGAGCCCCAGCCGUCGUCGUCGCCGCCGUCCCCGCCGCGACGGUCCAGGAGGAACAAGAUAGAUCAGGAGCCGCUCAUCCCGGUGGGCUCCCUGGACUCCGCGUCCGCCAUGUUCGACGACUCGCUGCACCCGCCCAGCUCCGGCUCCAGCUCCUCCUUCUCCGUGUCCUCGCGUCCUCCGCCGCCGACCCCGGCCGUCGCUGUCAGCUCCGUGCCCCGCCCGCCUCCGCGGCCUGCACCUGCCGCCUCGCCAAGCGCAUCGCCGGGUCUGCCGCCGCCGCCUGGGAGAGCAAGCCCGCCACCUGCGCCACCCAUGGUCGCUGCCGCUGUCGCGUCGCCUCCACCGCCACCUCCAAAACCAGCAGCCGCGUCGCCGCCGCCGCCACCACCACCGGCCAAGGCCUCACCUCCGCCGCCACCUCACAGAGGUGGCCCGCCUCCACCGCCACCGCCCAAAGGCCCGUCCCCUCCGCCGCCUCCGCCACCAGGAGGAAAAAAAGGAGGGCCGCCUCCGCCACCUCCAAAGCGUGGGGCAUCGGCGUCCUCUUCUAGGCCGCCGACAGCGCCGGGCAUGCCAUCCGGGGCCGGCGAGCAGCAGGCGAAGCUGAAGCCGCUGCAUUGGGACAAGGUCAAUGUGCAGGCCACCGACCACUCCAUGGUGUGGGACAAGAUCACCGGCGGUUCAUUCAACUUGGACGAAGGCAUCAUCGAGGCUCUAUUCGGCACUGCAGCAGCAAACCGCAAGCCUAAAUCUGCAGACUCCAAGGAAUCUGCUGGAUCGUCGGCCGGCCUCGGGCACUCAAACACGCCGGAGCAAAUAUUCCUGCUCGAGCCGCGCAAGUCGCACAAUAUUUCCAUCAUCCUGAAGUCCCUCACGGUGGGGCGGGAUGAAAUAAUCGACGCCCUCCGGGAUGGGAACACAGAACUCAGCACUGAGGUCCUGGAGAAGCUUUCGCGGCUCAACAUCUCUAAAGAAGAAGAGUCCACCAUCUUGAAGUUCUCUGGGAACCCCGACAGGCUUGCCCCUACGGAGGCCUUCCUCCUCCGCCUCCUCCUUGACGUGCCCAAUCCGAUUGCGCGUGUCAAUGCACUGCUUUUCAAGGUGAACUAUGGUGCUGAGGUUGCACAGCUCAAGCACUCGCUUCGGACGUUGGAAUUGGCAAGCCAGGAGCUGAGGACAAAGGGCCUGUUCUUCAAGCUGCUCGAGGCCGUGCUCAAGGCAGGAAACAGGAUGAAUGCCGGAACAGCACGUGGCAACGCUCAGGCCUUCAACCUUACAGCGCUCCGCAAGCUCUCUGACGUGAAGAGCACUGAUGGGAGCACCACAUUGCUGCACUUCGUCGUUGAGGAGGUUGUCCGCUCUGAGGAAAGCGGCUUGCCAUCAAUCGUAACCACAGCAUCCGCCGCUCAGGCAGUCUUGCAAGAGUUUGCCAACGUGAAGAGAGCCGCACUGGUCGACUACGAUGCAGUUGUCAGCGAGUGUGCCAUUCUAGACAGCCGACUCAAUGAGAUCAAGAGGCUCUUGGAGACUUGCAGUGAUGAUGGAUUUGCGAGGGGGUUGCGAGGAUUUGUGAAGGCUGCAGAACAGGAGCUGAAGGCACUAAGAAGGGAGCAGGAAAGAGUACUUGAGCUGGUCCAGAAGACAACAGAGUACUACCAUGCCGGUGCCACCAAGGAGCGGAACGCACAUCCCCUCCAGCUGUUCAUCGUAGUGAGGGACUUCCUGGGUAUGGUUGAUCAGGCGUGUGUGGACAUCAAGAGGAAAGUGCAGCAGAAGAAACCGGCACCAUCGUCAUCGCAGCCAAACACAGCUGCUGCCCCCACGGUGGUGGCUGCGGCCACAACAGCAGCGACAAAGGAAGCCACCGAUGCUCAAGCAGCACCAGCUCAGAAACCACCCGAAGAGGCAGAUAGCAAAAGGAAGAGGGUCAUGCCAAGAUUUCCAAACCUACCAGUGCACUUCAUGAAGGAUAGUGCAGAUUCUGAUUCAAGUAGUGAUGAGGAAUAG